GUGAGAGUUCACAGGGCACGCAGAGUUCGUGUUGUGCUUUUGCGCUGAGCUCGUAUUUCAGCUACCCGGGACUAGUGAUGCGAUGGCUUUCCUGAGUUUGUUCGUGAGAAGGCAGUUGCCUCAGGCCCUGUCCCACCUCGCCCGGGUAGCGAAGCUGGUCCGGCCUGCCUGCGCCGGAGCCCCGCUGCGGAGGCUACACGGCUCGGCCCGGCUGCGGCACGGGGAUAAGGGACCGUGGGGGAAGAGCCGGGGGCCGGAGCCGCCGCCGCAGCAGCAGCAGUACCAGUUCACAGACCUCGACAAGGCGGACGCUUUGAUGCUGAGAAAGUCCCACGAAACAGGAUUCCUGUCGUGGUUCAGGAACGGUCUGCUGGCGACUGGGAUCGGAGUCAUCGCAUUUGUUCAGAGCGAAGUGGGACGAGAAGCAGGAUACGCCUUCUUUAUCCUGGGAGGUGUGUGUGUGUCGUUUGGCGGUGCCUCUUACAUCGGCAGCCUCUUUGCCUUGCGGAGGAUGAUGCUGCUGUCUGUGCCAGCGCUGCUGCUUCAGGGCACCGUGGUGGGCAGCGUCGCCCUCUUCUGGCUGUGUGCGGUAUCUCUCUACAUCGGCCGCCUGGAGGUGGAGAUCAUCCACGAAGACGAGGAGGAGGGCGAGGACGAGGAAGAGUGCCGGGAGUGCCGCGAGAGGCGCGACCUCCGGAGUUAUCGUGGCUCCCAUGGCAGUGAGGACAGUGAGACUAAGGGGCCGAAGAAGUAGACAUCUUGCAGGGAUGGGGAAUAGAAAGAGUGCGUGUGUUGCUUUGAUUCAGGGGUUCUCCUCAUUUGUGUGUGUGUGCGUGUGUGUGUGUGCGCGCGCGCACAUGCAGGCAAGCAGCCUACAUGUUCAUUUGCAGGCUGUGCGUGAGUUUAUAGAUACAAACCUACUAUCCAUUGUUAUAUUGAUGUAAAGAUUAUUUUAAAGGUAAAGAAAGACUUUUGGAAAACUGGUCAGAGAAAAUGCUGAAAAUUGUUGAUAAUUUGGUUGUUUGACUAAAUUCACUUCUGGUGAAUAAAUCAGCCUUUUUGUAAAAUUUCUUAGAAUCACAUAUACUCAAAGCUGCUUCACUUGCGUUAUCAAUCUGUCUGGAGAUUGUAUUGAUUUUUUUUUUCUUUCUUUUUUUUAUUAAUAACACCUUCACAUUCACAGGCACCUUGCAAAGACUCACUGAGAACAUCAUAUAUUUGUUCAAGUCUACUUUUCAGGGCACUGUAUGCAAUCAUUGCUAGCCAAUGUCAUGAGCUUCUCUCAGCCAACUGCUGCUAGAUGCUGUUUGUCCUAUCAUCUUGUUCAUCAUAAUCAACUGUGAUUGACUACUUGAAGUUUUCUUAAAAGUCUUGAAAUAAAACAAGCUGGUUGCGAUAUGCUGUGAGAUCUAAAAAAAAAAAAAUGGACAUACAGUAGCUUAUGCAUGUUUCAGGUUUCCUUUUGAUUGCAAAUUAAUGAGGGCUUAGAAUUUAUUUUUUAAAGAGGUUUAAAUUACCCUGUGAAGUAAUUUUUUUAUUUUUUUUUUUAAGGCCAAUAGCACUUUUUUCAGUUUUGGUUUGUCAUUAUAGUAACUCUAGACUUUUGGAAACAGAGAGUAUUUUUUACAGCUUUUUCUGUGGUUAUAUAUUUUGCUUGGUAUUGUUAAUAUACAUGUACAGUACCUAAAUGUAACCAUAAACCAUUUCACCUUUUGAGUGAAUUUCACACCAUCUGGUUAUCACUAUAAUUGCUGUUUUAAUGGAUGUAAAGAAUAGAUGAUAGUAUGGAAAAGCUAAUUAUAUUGAGUUUGUAUUUGGAAAUGGGAUUCACUAUUAUUUACUUUCGUUUGUGUGUGCACCACUUUCAGUGCACCCUACUGUACAUACAGUAUUAAAGCCAGAAGAAAUGUG